AUGAUUUUAAGACUGAUUGUUCGGACGGCCGAAUCCUUGGCCCCAACUCAUCUGCUGAAGUCAGGGAGAGAGAGGGAAACCGCCUCAGUUGCUGUACCAACCACAGUCUGCAGUGAUACAAAAUCUUGCCAAGCACAUGAUGUUUCUGCACGCGAUGAGUGGAUGCGACUCGACGUCAUCUUGAGGACUCUUUCUAAAUAUCCAGACCUUGAAGAGACCGUUGGGAAAUUCUUGGAUCACUCAUCCCAGUCAACGGCAAUUGCUGCUGCUCGAGAAAAAUUUUUGGUGUCCCUGUACGGAACUAACCAUCUAACAACUUCAUUGAAUGCGCUGCGAUACAAGCAGCACGUGAUAUCUGCUUCAAGUUUUCCAGCAACAUUGCAUCUAUCCCUCCCACCGAUGCUGCAGCCUACCAGCAUAGCUUGCGUCUAUAUUUACAAGUGCAGCAGUGGCUUGGCAACAGUUUGGAUCCGAAGCUGUGGGGUUGGAAGUCAACCAAAAAUGGUCUGA